GUCCUCAGCAUGUCGGGCUUCCCCCCCCUCGCUGCGGAGGGAGAGGAAACCCCCGCCCCGCCCGCGUCCGAGAAGGAGCCCGAGAUGCCCGGCCCCGGAGGCGAGAGUGAGGAGGACGAGGACGACGACGACGACGAGGACGAGGAGGAGGAAAAAGAAAAGAGUCUCAUUGUGGAAGGCAAGAGGGAAAAGAAAAAAGUAGAGAGGUUGACAAUGCAAGUCUCUUCCUUACAAAGAGAGCCAUUUACAAUUGCACAAGGAAAGGGACAAAAACUUUGUGAAAUUGAAAGGAUACAUUUUUUUCUAAGUAAGAAGAAAACGGAUGAACUUAGAAAUCUACACAAACUGCUUUACAACAGGCCAGGCACAGUGUCGUCAGUAAAGAAGAAUGUGGGUCAGUUCAGCGGCUUUCCAUUUGAAAAAGGAAGCGUUCAAUAUAAAAAGAAGGAGGAAAUGUUGAAAAAAUUUAGAAAUGCCAUGUUAAAGAGCAUCUGUGAAGUUCUUGAUUUGGAGAGAUCAGGUGUAAAUAGUGAACUAGUGAAGAGGAUCUUGAAUUUCCUAAUGCAUCCAAAGCCUUCUGGCAAACCAUUGCCAAAAUCCAAAAAAACUCCUAGUAAAGGCAGUAAAAAGGAACGGAACAGUUCUGGAACAGCAAGGAAGGGUAAGCGAACCAAGUGUCCAGAAAUUCUGUCAGAUGAAUCUAGUAGUGAUGAAGAUGAAAAAAAAAAUAAAGAAGAAUCUUCAGAUGAUGAAGAUAAAGAAAGUGAAGAGGAGCCACCGAAAAAGACACCUAAAAGAGAAAAACCUAAACAGAAAGUUACUUCUAAAAGUAAAAAGUCUGUAAAAAGUGCUAAUGUUAAAAAGGCAGAUAGCAGCACCACCAAGAAGAAUCAAAACAGUUCCAAAAAAGAAAGUGAGUCUGAGGAUAGUUCAGAUGAUGAACCUUUAAUUAAAAAAUUGAAGAAACCUCCGACAGAUGAAGAGUUAAAAGAAACAGUAAAGAAACUAUUGGCCAGUGCUAACUUGGAGGAAGUCACAAUGAAGCAGAUUUGCAAAAAGGUUUAUGAAAAUUAUCCUGCUUAUGAUUUAACUGAAAGAAAAGAUUUCAUUAAAACAACUGUUAAAGAGCUAAUUUCUUGAGAUGGAGGACAGAGACAGAUGACUUGUUCCCAUAGAUUUGAAGAUCUGAUUGAUAUCAUUAUACCAGCAAAGAGAAUGUAUUUCCUUUUCUAAGUCCUUAUUAAGCAUCGUUAGAACUUAUUGCUGACCUUUUUAUCAAGUGUUAUGUAAAUUUGAGUUUGCUGUUUGCAUUUCUAUGCAGUUUUAGUUUUAAAUCUUGCAUGGCAGUAAUUGUUCCUUGCUUUUAUAGUUGUAUUUUGUAAAUUUUGGAUUUCUUUGUCAUAGAUUCUUGAACUCUUGUGGUUUUUAGUGCACUUAAUAUUAGCUGCUUAAGAAUACUUUUAAUCAAGUAGUACAAGACUAUUAUACCCGGCAUUUAUACACACAGAGACAUUGCAGUAUUUAGUAUAUGAGAUAUUUUGAAUACACGUCUCUUCUGUCAGUGUGAGAACUCAGUGGCAGUGUGUUCAUCAUAUUACAAAUAUACAAGCUAUAGUUGUCCAGAUGACUAAAUCGGAACUUUUCUCCUGCAUGUGUAUAUAUGUCAGAUUGUCAGCAUGACAGAAGUGACAGAUGUUAUUUUUGUAUUUUUAAAAACCAAUUUGUUGUAUAUAAAGUUUUUUUAUUUCUUUUGUGCAGAUCAAUUUUUAAACUCACAUAGGUAGAUAUCUUUACAGUUGUAAACAAUGAAAUGUCAGUGUUCAGCCAGACAGUAUGACAGAGCAGGGAAAGUCACAUACUCAGUGAUGGAAACACUGAAAGAACAGUCCUGCUUUGCCUCCGAAGUGUCAUCAAUAUGUAGUUUUAGUAACUCUGCAGAAGUGUCUGUAGGUACGUUUUAUAUUAAGUACAGACCCAAACCAACACAUUAGAGCUUCAAAAACUUCAAGGGGGGAUUAAGUACAAGCACAUUUGGCUUACAGUAAAUGGAGUGAUUUUAAUUAACUGCUUCUGCCUGUAUAAAAUAAAAUGCUGAUAUUUACAGAAAACCUGGCCACCUUCAUAAUUGUAUACCUUCAUAAAAGUACCAGGUGUAAUGACAAGAUAAUGUGCAAGAACUAGUAAAUACCUCUGACAAAGUAUUUCUCAAAAAUGAUAAUAUACUUAUUUUUAACAUUAAUGUAUUUCUGGAAUCAGGAUUUUGGCUUUUAAAUUUUGGGUAAUCGGGAUUGUAGGUGAUCAAUAUGUGAACCACUCCUGAAUAAGACCCUAAUUUUGUCUUUGAAAUUGACUGUCUUAAUCAGUUUAUUAAAUAAUCUAUCUGAAGUUUAAAAUAAAACAUGCUGCUUAUGACAGAUAUCUGAUGUACCAAAUUAAGUGUUGGAAAAUCUUUGCAUCAUAGAACAGAAAUAUAUAAAAAUGAUACAUGUUGAAUGCUAGUUAACAGGUAUUUUUACAGGUUUGACUUGUUUCUUGAUAAAGUUAAGACAUUAGGGAAAGGUUUACUUAAUGCAAAUGAAUGAAAUAAGCAACUAAAUGAGAUCUAAAAUUGGCCUUUGACUUUAAAUAUUUAAUUUGUUCUUAUAAACCUUGUCAAUAAAAAUAAUAAAUCUAAA